UUUAAAAACGAAUCAAAUAAAUAAAGAAUACCUAUAUAUUUUUGCAGUCUCAUUGUCAUCAUCAAUUUAUGUUAUAGUUUAUUGAGUAUUAGAAAUGUAUAUUAUUGGACUUUUCUUAUUUGCACUGUCUGGAUGUAGAGGCCAGUCACUCGAGGAGGUAUGUGGCGUUAGUAAGUACCCGGAUGCCGGGCGAGUUCCAGUCGAUGGUGGACGUUCUAGGAGAAUUGUCGGCGGAACUGAAGCACGAGAAAACGAGUAUCCAUGGAUGGUGAUGAUGGAUUGGUUCAAUGGUAACGUGUGGGACCAAAAUUGUGGAGCUGUCCUCAUUAACAAUAGAUGGGCUCUCAGUGCAAGGCAUUGUACAUACGCGGCUGAUCCAGUCACCGACUAUAGGAUAGUAGUUAAAAAUCACUGGAGACUACCUAGCAACGAUGGAGUGGAGUACACACCAGAGGUCAUCGUCAGACACCCCGAUUACGAUUCUAAUACAUAUGAGAAUGAUAUCGUUAUGUUCAAAUUCCCUCAGAACUUAACAUUCGACGAAGACCUGCGUCCUAUAUGCCUUGCACCUAGAAAUGACAAUGACACGUACGUUGGUCAAACAAUGAUACUUGCAGGGUGGGGAAAUGAGGAAAGAAACGCGCCCUCGCCCGAGCAGCUGCUGUACACAGACCUUCAAGUAAUCGCCCAAGACCCUUGUGAAGAUGACAUUGCACCUCGACCUUUAUUCAGGGAUAGGGAGUAUUGUGUACAAGGAGAUCUCAAGGACUCUGGAGAUGGCGAUUCAGGGGGUCCAUAUUUCUUUAGGCGACCUGCCGACGGACGUUUCCAACUAUUAGGUUUACAAUCUUGGGGAUAUUGGCCAGCAGGAACAAGGCCCAGUAUUGUGGUGAACGUCUCCGCGUUCUACGAUUGGAUCGAGGAGGUCAUGAGAAACAAUUAACCACUGAUGUGUUGGGGUUCACUAUCUGUUUUAGAUACAGUAAAAAAUAUAAAGUACAUUUAUGUCAACUUGUAUAUUUAUAUUGCUCGUGACCGUACUAGAAAAAUUCUCUGAAGAUACAUGUAACAUGUCAUGCUUGCAUGAUUCCAACAAAAACACUCAAUACUUUUAAUCAUAACAAAAACGUAUAAAAGGACGUGUAUUAAAAGGGCCACAAU